CUCUCUCUCUCUCUCUCUAGGGUUUGUCUCUGGUAAAUCUUCUUACGACCAACACCUACCUUUCUGUUUUCUGUAUCUAUCUAUAUGUAUAUCUGUUCAUCCUUACAUCUACUAUUGCUUUAGGGUUUUCAUGUUUGUUUGAUUCCCUUUAUUCACUGAUUUUAAUCAUGGAGACUCACUCCGCAUCUCUUCAGUUGUCCUUAAUUCACUUUACUGAAAUCUAAUUGUUCUAUUUUCAUCUUGAUGUUAAAAACUGUUGGAUAAGUGAUUUUUGAUCCUGUACACAAACAAAACCACAAGUAAAUCUUUGGGAUAAUAUUUUUGUUUUUUUAAAGUUUUUAAAAAUUGUUUUCUGUCCAAGAGUUUAGUUGAUAUGAGUUUGAAUUGAUAAAAAGAUUUGUUCUGUGGAAUUUAGAUGUUCAUGGAUGGGCGGGUGAAUGCGGAUUACGGUUUAUUGAAUUUAAAAGCAAUGAAAUGCAACGAAUCUGCUUCAAUUCUAUCGGAUCAGAAUUUUCUGAACGCAAUCAAUCUCAACGACUCAUUUAUAGAUUUGAAUUCUAUGCAUCGUCCUACAAGGUUGCUUGAUUCAGGCCCUAGCAAGCGUAGUUCUCCAUCUGCCUUGAAAGAUGAAGGAGAUCUUCAUGAGGAUUCAGAUUUUAGUGAUUUAGUUCUCAAGUACAUAAACCAGAUGCUUAUGGAAGAAGAUAUAGAGGAGAAGAGCUGCAUGCUUCAAGAGUCUGCUGCUCUUCAUGCUGCAGAGAAAUCUUUUUAUGAUGCUCUUAUGGUAAAAGAACGUCCUUCCAAUGCUUCUCAUCUUACAGUUCCCUUUAACAGCACUAAAAGUAAAGAUGCUGUAGCAGAAUCCCUCACUUGUUUUGGUGGCAACAGCUCUAUUGGUGGUACAGAUUUUAGAUUUGAUUUUCAAAAAGGUUUGGGAGAUGCAAGUAGGUUCCUUCCCAGUGAUGAUGGGAUCUUAGAUUAUAUGGACACUGGUGUCUUGUUAGGGAAGGAUCAAAAGGAUGACAGUUAUGCUGUUGUAGUCAAAGUGGAGAAGGAACAUAAAAUUAGUUCCAUCCCAGAUGGAUCAAGAGGAAAGAAGAUUCGUCAUUCCAAAGAUCUUCUUGAGGAUGGAAGGAGUUCCAAGCAAUCUGCAGUUUAUAUCGAGCCACAUGUAAGGUCUAAGAUGUUUGAUGAAGUGCUGCUAUGUGAUGAAGGCAAAACUAAUUCUGCUCAAUGUGAAUUUGUCCGCAAUGGUGUCACUAAUGUACAACAAAAGGGUCAACCCAAGGGAUCUAAUGGUGUUAAAGCCCGUGGGAAGAAUCAAGGUGGUAAAAAGGAUGCGGUGGAUUUGAGAAUACUUUUAAGCCUCUGUGCACAAUCUGUUGCAGCCAAUGACCAAAGGGGAGUAACCGAUCUGCUAAAGCGGAUAAGAGAGCAUGCUUCACCCACAGGUGAUGGAAUGCAAAGAUUGGCCCAUUACUUUUGUGCUGGUCUUGAAGCACGAAUGGCUGGCUCUGGAACCGUAAUCUACAAAGCUCUCCUUUCCAGGCCUACAUCAGCUGUUGAUGUAUUGAAAGCUUACCAUUUAUUCCUUGGUAUCUUCCCUUUCACUAAGCUCUCCCAUUUUGUUUCGAAUAAGACUAUCAUGCGUGCCGCUCAAAACAAGAAGAGGCUCCACAUAAUAGAUUUUGGAAUUCUUUACGGUUUUCAAUGGCCUUGCCUCAUACAACGUCUUUCAACUAGGCCUGGUGGUCCACCUGAACUUCGAAUCACUGGGAUUGACUUCCCCUGUCCUGGUUUUCGUCCAUCCCAGAGGGUUGAGGAGACAGGUUGUCGGCUAGCUAAUUAUGCAGAAACAUUUGGUGUUCCAUUCAAGUUCAAAGCCAUUGCCCAAAAGUGGGAAACUAUCAAGAUGGCGGAUCUUGAGCUUGACAAUAAUGAAACACUGGUUGUGAAUUGUGCUUACAGGUUUAGAAACUUACUUGACGAGACAGUCAUGGUGCAUAGUCCAAGGAAUGAAGUUCUAGACCUUAUCAGGAAGAUGAAUCCAGAAAUCUUUAUACAGGGGGUUGUUAAUGGGUCCUAUAAUUCACCCUUCUUUGUCACAAGGUUCAGAGAGGCUUUGUUUUUCUUCUCUUCUUUGUUUGAUCUGCUUGAGGCUACUGUGGCUAGUGACACUCAGGAGAGGAUGCUGAUUGAGAAAACAUUGUGGGGACGAGAAGCCAUGAAUGUUAUAGCUUGUGAAGGCGGUGAGAGGAUUGAGCGACCUGAGACAUACAAACAGUGGCAGGUCCGGAAUCAGAGGGCUGGAUUUCGCCAGAUCCCUUUUGAUGAGGAAAUUUUGAAGAUGGCUAAAGAUAGAGCAAGGUCCGGUUAUCACAAAGAUUUUAUGAUCGAUGAAGAUGGUCACUGGACGUUGCAGGGGUGGAAAGGACGCAUUUUAUAUGCAAUAUCUUCCUGGAAACCGGCUUACUGAAUAUGUUUCUUCCCUAAGCAGGAAAGAUCGUUGGUGGCUUCUCAUGAUGGAUAAGUUACAUUCGUCAAGUGAAUUUUACAGAAAAUCAUGAUUCUACAUGCGAUGGCUAUGGAGCAAGAAAGUCGGGUGCUGUCAAGUCUGAUGGAACAUUGACAAUGAAGCAUCCUGGUUAUGCUAAGAGGUAUGUACAUCAACUUUCUUUAGCGAAAGAACAAAUUAGUUGGGUGGGUUUGUAGUGAAUGAUAAUGAUCUUAAGUCAAAAUUAUAGUUUGCGAAAAUGGAAGGGGGAUUUAGUUUUGUUGUAGUUGGUUAAAAUGCAGUUGAAAUGUCAUUUUAGUACUGAUGUAAUAAUGCAAUUGCCUUCUAAUGAAAUGCAAUUUGUUAUU